AGUUAUUUCUGGAGGCGCUGUGGUUUGCAGUACUUUUCAGCAGCUCGGGUUCCCUAGUUAUCCCUGGGCCCAAUUCUUGGGACGAAAAUGCCUGCCCUUCACAUUGAAGAUUUGCCAGAGAAGGAAAAACUGAAGAUGGAAGUUGAACAACUUCGCAAAGAAGUAAAGUUGCAGAGACAACAGGUAUCUAAAUGUUCUGAAGAAAUAAAGAAUUAUAUUGAAGAACGUUCUGGAGAGGAUCCCCUGGUUAAGGGAAUUCCAGAAGACAAGAAUCCCUUUAAAGAGAAAGGCAGCUGCAUUAUUUCAUAA